AAAUGAUAGUAUUGCAAAUCACGUUUAAAUCUGGUCUCAGCGUGAACGUUGAAUCAACGUCUACAAAUAGUCGGCGAAAAAACUUUCACUUUUGAACCAAUUCUGAAAGUCUUUUCAACGUUGGGCGUAGACGUCUUUUAAACGUCUAUUCAACGGAAAAAUGCUCACUGGGAGGUUUGCCUUAGUCCAGCCCCUAGAUAUGCUGCUAUAUUUUAGGAAGUCCCCAGUCUAGGUCUAUAGCAGCAGUGUAUACUCUGAGCUCCUCUCUCCUCUUCUCUCUCUACUUCUGUAUGAAUGUCCCAUUAAUGCACAUUACUAACUUUGCUUCUUCCCCGAAGUCUUUGUGCUUUCUCGCUAUGUUUUUGCUUACAAUCUGCACCCUCACCACUAGACUUCAGUGGCCUAAAAACAAGGGAACUUUAGCCUAAAAUACGUCAACAAGGCAGUUAACUGUAGCGGAACUACACUUACUAAUCCUCAAAUAUUAGCUAAUUUUACUUUUUUUAAAACCCAAAUGAAUCACGUGACAAUCAAGCAUUUGAACCUUUUUUGACGCGACUCGAUUUAUAGGGCUCUGGUAGAAAUGCGCUGUGCCUGUGACUUUAAGAAAAUUUGGCAGCGCUCAGCCAAUCACAGCGACGAAGAGGGGAGGGAAGGGAGCGGGUGGGUAGCAACAGUUGCCCUGGUGAGGACGAAGCGCCAUAGCCACGGUAGCCCUGGCGACAAGAACCCAGCAACGAGAAUCAACAACAACAACAACUGAAUCCGCCAUAAAAAAAUAUAAAAGAAGACAUUUAACCGGUGGGAAAUACACACGUGGAUACAGAGGUGACGCUCUUUACAUAUAGGGAAUAUUUUAUGUCCAAUAAUGCUUCAACUGAAUUGUGCUAUUGCUUUUUUUCUCCCAUGUUGUUUCAGUAGCCAUAACAGGCAACGGUUAGCCGAGGUUAGCCUGCAAGCUAUUGAUAAAUCAGUCGCGUGUGUGUCCUGAAUGGGGUCGUUUUCUGCCCGCUACUCGUUCCAGUGACACUGGAUUGUGUCUGCCAUGACGACGCAGCCACAGAUGCAUACUCAAGCAGGCCGUUGUUAUGGCGAUGUCAAAUGCAAAAGGUACAAAAUGGCGGUUGUUGUAGAGACCAGUUAGCUAGAUAUAGCUAUAGCACCAGUGCUGUCACGACAGGCUCGUGCUCGCUGCUGCUUAACGUUAACUAACGGUUACCAGUAACGGACACUUAUCAUUUUAAACGAUAAUUAACGGGCGUUCAGUGGCGGUUUCAUACGUUGUGUUUUAUUAACAGCACCCCCCUCCCCGGCACAAAACCAUGUCCCUAUGUAACGGUACAUGACGCUACCGCCCCAAAAGAAAGACAAAAUUAAGGAUAGUCGAGUUAAAAGUGGGACUACAUAGACAGGUAUUGGGUUCGUUCUGAUGCAGAACAACAACCGGCUCGUUAAAUUUCGCUCUCGGUGAUGGGAAGUUGAAAGGUGGCGGACAUUUAACAUGUGAGGGGCGUGGCGACAGAAGGCGUUGUGCAGGUGCUUCGCAGGUCCGAGUCUAGUUUAACGUGCUUCUUCACAGAUUUAACGUUAGAUUUGUAUUAACGUUUCUUGUUGCCAAUUGACCAUAAUCGUCAGAAUUUAAAAAAAGCUAUUUUGUUUUGAAAACAGAUUUUCACAAUAAUUCCCUUCCUCUGUGCCAACAUUAUCUGUUUUCAGAUUUAAAAAAAGACGCAAGGUUUAUAAGUUAGUAUCAAGGCUAUUGUAUUAAAAUGGUUCACUAAUCAAGUACCAGGUGUACAUGUAAUAUCCGUAAUUGUGUGUGACAUAAAGCAUAACAACAUAAUGCGUUAUAACAUGCAGUAUUAGUGCAAUGUGGUAAAGGGGGUUUCCCAACUUGUGCUACGGGCAUGACUGUGUGACUGGCCAUAGGAUGUGAGAUCACAUUACAGUGUGAUUCCCAGCUCUUGUAAUGGCCACCUCAGGCUACGUAGGUGAGAUCCAGCCGGCAGCCCAACCCCAGGGAGCUGGUGUUACUGUGACAGUGGGGCAACCUGACGCCAGUUCUAGCCCCGCAAUAGCCCCGCAGUUUCUGGCUGAGAUUCAGACUACCGUGGCCACUCCCACUGUUGUCACACCCACGGGCCAAACUACUCCCACCGAUCAAGCCACCUCCAUCAUCACUCAGAAGCCUGCAGAUGUUAGUCAAGCCCAGUCCACAGCACAGGCCCAGCCUCCUCAGACCCAGUAUGUGACUGCAGAGAUCCAGGGCUCCCCCACGCAGUCUGGAAAUGCUCAAAGCACUCCUCAGUACAUCGUCGUCACAGUCACAGAGGGCUCCCUUCACUCAAGUGACAGCUUGUCAGACUCCAGCCCCCCUCCAGCUGUGGUGCAAACAGGAGUUCCCACGCAGGUUGUCCAGCAGGUGCAAGCUGCUCAGCAGAGGUCAGUGGUGCAGGCCACCUCUCAGAUAGCCAAGACUGAGCCGGGCACUCAGCUCAGUGUCACCAGUCUACAGCCGGUUCAUAUCCAGGAGGUCCAGCAGCAGCUCACACCAGUGCCAGUGCAACACGUGUACGCCAAUCAAGUGCAAUAUGUGGAGGAAGGAGAGACCAACUACACCAGCACCAUCCGUUCCAGCGCCUUUCCCUACACCGACACCCCGCUGUACACCCAGACCACAGCCGCCCAGUAUUAUGAAGGUCAGCCAACUUCAGGCUCACAGGCGUCCACCCCUGGCACACCUCUAACCGUCUCUGUCACUGCUGGCACAGCAGGGGGCGUGUCCAUGUUUGUUGCCCAGCCCACCAGUGCAGCGGGGGGUGGUGCCACCGUGGUGACCACAGGUGGCACCACCAAUGGGGCGGGGGAAGGGGCGGGCACCAACGGUGGCGCAGCAGGCAGCUAUGUGAUCCAGGGGGGUUACAUGCUGGGCAGCAGCGGCGGUGGAGGAGGAGGAGGAGGGGCCGCUGGCAACAGUCAGAACUACUCGCACACCACCCGCGCCUCGCCAGCCACUGUGAGUAUUACAGAGGGCGAGGAGGGUAGCGUGCCGUCGGCAGACAAGAAGGUACAGUGGUUGCUGGACAACUACGAGACAGCUGAAGGAGUGAGUCUGCCUCGGUCCACCCUCUACUGCCACUAUCUGCUGCACUGCCAGGAGCAGAAACUGGAGCCCGUUAAUGCUGCAUCUUUCGGGAAACUCAUCAGAUCCGUGUUCAUGGGGCUGCGCACACGACGCCUGGGCACACGGGGUAAUUCUAAAUACCACUACUAUGGGCUGAGGAUCAAGGCCGGCUCUUCUCUUCUCCGCCUGAUGGAGGACCAGCAACAUCUGGCCAUGAGGCAGCAGCCCUUCUCACAGAAACAGAGGUUGAAGCCUGUGCAUAAAGUCGAGGGACUGACCAAUGGCACGGCAGCGGGAGCCGGCCAGCAGCAGCAACAGCAGCAGGGGUCAGGGCAGGUGGACAUCAGCACCCAGGUUCAGCAGUACCAGCAGUUCCUAGAUGCGUCCCGAGCUCUCCCAGAUUUCCCAGACAUCGACCUCCAGGGGAAGUCUCUGCCAGAGGGGAUCGAGCUGGAGCACAUCAAGAGCUUCCAGCUGCUGUACAGAGAGCACUGUGAGGCCAUACUAGAUGUGAUGGUCAACCUGCAGUUCACCCUGGUGGAAACUCUGUGGAAGACCUUCUGGAGGUUCAGCCAGAAUCAGGCUGGAGAUGCCACGUUGGCUGUCCAUGACGAGUCAGAGAAGCGCCUCCCUAAGUCCUGUUUGGUGAUUCUGUGCAAGUAUGAUCCAGUGCUGCGCUGGAGCCGUGACUGUGACAACUGCCUGUACCAGGGCCUGGUGGAGAUCCUCAUCCCUGACGUCCUCAGGCCCAUCCCCAGUGCCUUAACUCAAGCCAUCCGCAACUUUGCCAAGAGCCUGGAGAGCUGGCUGACCAACGCCAUGAUGAACAUCCCGGAGGAAAUGGUCCGCAUCAAGGUAACUUCAGCCAAUGCAUUUGCCCAGACACUGCGUCGCUACACCAGUCUGAACCACCUGGCCCAGGCAGCCCGCGCCGUCCUCCAGAACACGGCCCAGAUCAACCAGAUGCUCUCCGACCUCAACCGCGUCGACUUCGCUAACGUCCAGGAGCAGGCUUCGUGGGUGUGCCGGUGUGAGGACCGUGUUGUCCAGCGGCUGGAGCAGGACUUCAAGCUGACCCUGCAGCAGCAGAACUCCCUGGAGCAGUGGGCCGCAUGGCUGGAUGGCGUCGUCUCCCAGGUGCUAAAGCCCUACCAGCAGAGCCCCGCCUUCCCCAAGGCCGCCAAGCUCUUCCUGCUCAAGUGGUCCUUUUACAGCUCCAUGGUGAUCAGGGACCUGACCCUGAGGAGUGCCGCCAGCUUUGGCUCCUUUCACUUGAUCCGCCUGCUGUACGACGAGUACAUGUACUACCUGAUAGAGCACAGAGUGGCCCAGGCGAAAGGAGAGACCCCCAUUGCUGUCAUGGGAGAGUUUGCCAGUUUAGGCCGGGGUCUACAUCAGCUGGAUCCGGACAAAGAAGAGGAAGAGGAGGAGGACGACGAGAGUGACGACGAAGGCCAGGAGCUGUCUCUCCCCUCGGACGCGGUCGUGCUCGGAGACGAUUCUCUGGAGCCGCCCGCCAAGCUGGCCAGAAUGGACCAGAGAGUCCUCUUCACGACCGGGUCGGCUGACGACUAACGGCAGCGCAACACUCGCUAGCCGCGUGUUAAAUAGGCGUGUGUUGAAUAUAUUGAAUAUGCACACACACGCACACACACACACACAGAUGUACAUAGAACACUAAUUUAUACACUUGAACACAUGUAUAUAGAUCUUGUAAAUGUGUGUGCAUACUGUAACUGUCCCCACUUGUUUACGCACACACAAUCAAAACGUUGAGUACUGCUGUGGCGUGGACGGCACAGCCGCCUGUUGCACCAUUGAUUCAACACACAGUCGUCGGCACUGCGAUAGGAUGUGGCUUCAAAAACCCCCAGAGAGAAACACAAAGCAUUUCAACCCCUCAGUCGUAUUAAUCUGUAAAAAUGAACUAAAGCCAGGCAUGCUGUUUUGUUUUUCUCUCUCGCAUCUCAACCUGUAGCCUCCCUUGUCUCCUCGCUGAGAAGCUCCUGCUCACCCUCGAUACUCCUAAAACUGUCACUGCCGUAUCAAAGUGGUCUUGAAAAUACUGUGUGUGUGUGUGUGUGUG